AUGAAUGAAGUCUUGAAACGCAGAGGAAUAGCACCACCGGCUAGAAUUAAAACUUCCUUCCAGGCGGAGGCUCAAGAUAAGAAGUGCGCGCAUACUCGGAGCACAAGCCGCAAUCCACCAGUAAUGGAUUCUAGCAGCGGAGACGAAGACGAAGACGAGAUCGACUUUGACAAUCUCUACUUCUUGGAAUCUGAGCUGCAAGAAAGCAAAGCGGAAAGACUAGCGCGAUGGAAAGCGUUUUAUGCAGCGGAUGAAUAUGACAGAUAUAAAUGGCGCUUGGUCAACGACGAAAAAGAAGAACGUCUUUCCGAUAAGAUUUUCAACAAGCUACUCGCCACUACCUCGUCAGACCCUAUCGAUAUCUCGAGCGCGAGACCCCAGAGUGAGCUGCGUGUAAGAGCGUGGUGGGGAAGGAUAAGAAAGGAGCUCCAUAUCGAGGACGAGGAGAUUGGAUAUCCUGGUUGGAAUGGCGAAUUCGGGGACAACUUUCAUGACAAGAAUUUCGUUGGAGAUGACGAGGCACCGCAACGAUUCCGUCAUGGCAACAAGCGGUUUACUCGAUGGAUGAAACCGGUCGAGGUUGAGGAGAUUCAAUGGACAAAUGCUUUGUCGAAGACGUGGUGA